UUGUCAGCGCGCGCAGCCGAAAAAUCCUCCAUGCAUCUGUCGUGCUGCAAAACCUACUAAUUCAUUUACAACAUAAUCAGUUACAGGACCAUAUCACUCUGUUAUGCGUUUGUGUGUAUGGUGCGCAAAUAUAAUUUAAGUUGCAUUGACAAUUAGCCUUUAAUUUAACAGUUGUCAUUGAGACUAUUCAUUCGUUUAUUUUAGCCAAUACAGGACAUCAUUUUAUACAGUUGCCAGUUUUUCGUGAUGGUUUGACAACAUGAUUGGCCAGCGACUUCUCAUGCCAACAACCUAACCUGAUCUCUCAGCAUCUAAGAAUACUGACUCCAACAAUGGAAGCAGCAGGAAAACAGAGUAUCUCCCAGACGGUCGACGAGCAGGGAUACCUUCUACGUCAACAACAUGACCAGCUAGUACAACGGCUAUGGAAGAGGUUCUUCACAGUGUGCAACGUCUUCAACAUACCCAGAGGCGUUGCCGUCAACUAGCGGAGGAUACUCUACAACCAAUUGACCCAGCGAGCCAGCACAACCAGCCCAUUUAGCAACCUGCUCAGGGGCAGACGUUGGGUGGUAGACCUACUGCAGGAUGAGUGGGAUCCUGAAGAGGAAGUUUGAGGAGGUGGAGGUGGAUAGCCCCUCCCCCUGCCUCUCUCUCCGGGGGUCCGAUGACGAGGUCUCCGCUGGCAGCGACAGCGGGAACAGCAGCGACAGCGUCAACCCAGGCCCCUCCACCCCCGUCGCCCCCUCUUCUAUCUUGAGGUGUGAAAAGCGCCUGCGUGUGCGCAACGUGCACUUUGAGAGUGUGACGGUGUACUACUUCAGCCGGCGCCAGGGCUUCACCAGCGUGCCCACGCAGGGUGGCAGCACCCUGGGCAUGUCCACGCGCCACAGCUGGGUGCAGCGCUACACCCUGGGGGAGUUCGCCGUGGAGCAGGAGAGAAGCCACCGAGACAUGCUGCGAGACCACCUCAAAGAGGAAAAACUCAACUCCAUCAAACUCAAGCUGACCAAUAAUGGCACUGUGGAGUCGGACGAGGCCGAGUCGCUGACCCUGGACGACAUUUCAGAGGACGACAUCGACCUGGACAACACGGAGGUGGACGAGUACUUCUUCCUGCAGCCGAUGACCACCAGGCGGCGCCGCGCUCUCCUCCGGGCAUCCGGGGUGCGACGCAUCGACGUGGAGGAGAAGCACGAGCUGCGGGCCAUCCGGGUGUCUCGGGAGGAGUGCGGCUGUGACUGCAGGGGGCUGUGCCACCCCGCGACCUGCGCUUGCAGCCUGGCCGGCAUCAAGUGCCAGGUAAAUGGAGCUGUGGUAGAUCGCAUGUCAUUCCCGUGCGGCUGCAGCAAGGAGGGCUGCAGUAACAGCACAGGCCGCAUCGAGUUCAACCCCAUCCGUGUUCGCACCCACUUCCUGCACACCAUCAUGAAGCUGGAGCUGGAAAAGAGCCGCGAGCAACAACAACAACCGCAGGUCACAAAUGGCAAUGGUUACCAUGGAGAACUACCAGUCAACGUCCCUGUCCAGCGUGCUCUGCAGUACCCCCUGAUGUCUGACAACAUCCCAGUCCUGCAGGCUCCCAUCAUGCACCUGCCGAGCACCAGCGACGCAGAGCAGCAUCUAGAAGAGGACGAAGAUGAGGAAGAUGAUGAGGAGGAGUACGAGGAUGAGGACGAUGGUAGUAGUUUAUGUAGCGGCCUCUCGGACUGCAGCACCGACAGCCUGCACACUAGUGACUCUGAGGAGGAAGAGGAGGAGGAGGAAGAUGACUGUGAGUCUAUGGAGGAGGGGGUGAGUGGACCCCCAGUCUCUCACACAGAGGUGGUUUCUCUCUCCUCUGUGUUGGGUUACACUGAUGGGACACACACCAACACCAACCACGCUAACCCCAACUCAUACUACCACAACCCUUCAUCAGGAUACUACCAGAUGGACAACUCAGCCAACCUGAACCCCACACCAAAAGCCCCUAGUGAAGCUCCCUCACUCCUCUCACUCCCCAACAGGCAGGGGGCCACCGAUGGCCCCACGGUCGUGUCACAGGAGCAGCCUAAAACCACCUCCGAGCCGCACACAGACCACCUCAGCCAGAUAGAGGGACUGUAUAUGCAUUUUCCCCACACUGACAAAGCACCAGCAGCCAACGCCUGUUCCUCAGCCCCGCUGCAGAGCAACACUCCCCACAGUGGGGAGACUAGUACACUACACCAUGAGCAGCCCUUUCAGACACAGGUCAGCGUUUUUCAUCAUGAAUCUUGUUCUAGAGGCAGCUCUGCGGAGUGGUCACUAGCUGGCACAGCCACAAAGUCAUAAAAUCUGAUUUUAAACCUAACCUUUACCCUAAACGUAACCACACUGCUAACCCUAAUGCCUAACCCUAACCUUAAGAUCAAAAGCACAUUUUUGUUUUCAUUAAUUUUUAUAAUAUAGACAAUUUUGACUUAGCAGAUGGCCUAUCUAAGGGGAAAUCGCUCAGUUCUGCCUCCAGGACAAGACUUAUGACAAUAAUUGUCAAUCUGCCUUUCAGACAGACAUGAACGGUAGUGAUAUUACACGUCCCUGAAGAAUAGCACACGGUCUGAGGUAUCUGUGGGGACUGAGGAGCAGCAAAGCCAGGGGUCUUUCAACGGGCUGGCUGAGGCGUCCUCUCUCUUGCCUGAGAAUAAAAGUGAUCCACCAAUUCUAGAGACUAACACUAGUCACUAGCAGUGUCAGGUAGACGUGUGGCAAGUUCAAUGAAACUUGUUAGUGUGAUAAGUUAAAUUAGCAUUCCUUUGCAGCAAGUAUGCACAUUUGGAUUAAUGUGCUGACCAACUUAAUCAAAGGGAUACUUCAGGAUGUUGGCAAUGAAGCCCUUUAUUGACUUCCCCAGAUCCAGUUGAACAAUUUUGUGUCUCUGCAUGUAGUUUGAAAGAAGUUACUAACUAGCGUUAGCGCAAUGACUGGAAGUCUAUGGUACCAGAUGCUAGCUGUGACCAUAGACUUCCAGUCAUUGCACUAACACUAGUUAGCAUUGGCUUGCAAAACUACCUCUAACUUCCUUCGUACUGGAUGAAGGAUGCAGGGACAUAAAGAUGGUAUCCAUGAGUUCAUCAGACUGGGGAAGUAGAUAAUGGGCUUCAUUGCCAAAAUCCUGAAGUAUCCCUUUACCAGUGAAACUACAUGAUGUCAAUACCAAUUCAUUUUCUGUACAGGAAUAAUGCUGUUUUGGACCUAUCCUAGAAACUGGGUUGUCUGUUUGAUUGAAUAGAAUCUGAAGGACAGUGUUUGUUGUUUUAAACUCAUGAAUGUACCUUUUUAAAGUGAACGAUUAGGUUGCAAAGGCAAGUUGUGGGGUUUUGCCUCAGAAGGAUCUUUGCACAUUAUUGCACACACAGUUUCCAUGUCCUGGAUCUGAAUGUCUAACAGCUAUUGAACAAUGACUGUGAAAUAGUUUGAAUUAAACAAUGAUUCCUUAUUUCAACAGUAUAACCAUGUCGAAUGGGAAAAUGAAAAGAUCAUCUGCUUUGAGUUAAAUGAAUGAACUAAGAUAGACGCUAGGGCUCGGACGAUAUCAGUAACGCGAUACUUGUUGGUAGCGUGGCAAAGAAACAAAACACGAAGCGGAUUUCACUUCUUUAGAAAAACAGCCCUAAUGUUGGAAAUACACAUUGUGUUGUCACCCAGAGUCACAUGUAUUUAUUUUCCAUGCUAUAACACAGAUUAUUUACAUAAAGCAGGUUUUUAAAAGACCAAAGAGUUUUGUCUGCUUCGUGUAAAAAAAAAAAUGCCAUGGAAAAAAUAUUGCAAUACUGGUAUAGUCACAGCCUUAGUAGAUUGAACUUUUAUAUGGAGUCAACUGGAAAAUGUAUAUAGCUGCAGUUUAUUUAUGGCUAUACAAAGUUUAUGUAAUAUUAUGUAUGUUUUGAUAAUGAGAGCAUGCGGUGGUUAGUAUUGAUGACAAAUCAACACGAUUUUGAGGUACUACAAUUAUUAAGCGUCGGUCUCGUGUUUAUUUGUGUUGUCUCAUAGAUGUUGAAUACUUUGCAUGUGUUUUGUUAAAAGGAAUGUUUAAAAAUGAACGUUUUUUUUAUAUACAGUGAGAAUGUCAAAAGGAAACAAAUUAAAUAACAUUUAUACUUUACAUUAGAUUGGACAACACUCCAAUAUACUGUAGUUUGAGUCACAGACGUAUAAUCAUCUCUAGUCGUACCAUUACAUUUAGGUCCAUUUUCAAAAGGACCAUGAAACCUGGAAAAUGUACGUCGUUUGAAAUCGCUUUAAUUGUCGUGCUCAAUUUCAUGAGACAAGCUAUAUUUUCAGUGCUGCUAUUAUGAUUUGUUAUUAAGUUUUAUUGUCACAUGCACAGGAUACAGCAGGUGUAAAACAGUACAGAGAGAACCUUAAUUGGGGGCUCUUUCCCAAAAAUGCGCAAUAACAGUAGUAAUACAGAUGUGAAAUGCGACAGAAGAAAAAAAUAAAAGAAACAGGAGAAUAGAGUUAUAUAACGCUCUUAUAUACAGAUCAGUACGGUGCCAGUACUGUUAUUACAGUGUGCAGGGGUACUGGAGGGAUUGAGGAAUGAAUGGACCUACUCCAUCAUAGCAUGUUCUUUGUCUCAUCUCUCUUUUCUCUUUGUAUCCAGUCUCUUCAUCUAGCCCCUUUAUUGUUCUCCUCGCUCUCUCUGUCUUUCUUGCUCUCUCACAUUCUCUUGCUCUCAUGACCUCUCCUCUCUCCCAUCCUGUGACAUCACAUCACGUCAGCCAAUGAGGUGGUGUGUAGCGUAAGGGUGCCAAAGCGUUCAUGUUCAGGUGAUCUAUAGUGAAGUAAGCUGCGUCUGUACCAGUCUCUGCUAUUCUGCUGUAGAUAUGAUUUGCUAGUCUAUAUUGUGGCCAAUGUGAAACUGGGUAUUUUAUUGUGGUUUAUUCUCGCAGCAGUCUGUUGUGUCAUGAAGGCCUUGAAGUUCACAGAGCUCAUGUUGUUUUUGACUUUGUCCCAAAUGGCACCUUAUUCACUAUAUAGUGCACUUCUUUUGAACAAGGAAGUCGUACCAUUAUAGGGUAUUUGGGACAAGGCCUUCCUGUUCUGUUUAGUUUUGUUCCAGAAUGUCUCUUUGUUUAUCAAGACUGCCUAGAACUGGGGGCCUAAAAUAGAUAUUCUCUGUCUCUUCUUUUUUACACCACCAUUUGUUCCUUUUCCACAAACAUCAGACUUUGAGAAUAAAUAACCAAUGGAAUAA